AAAAAUGUCAAGGUAACGUCAUACAUAGAUAUGACUGUCUUUUGCUGUGCGAAAACUGGUUUGCAUUAAAGAUAAAAUGGAAUUACAUAUUCCUAUAAUUGAGUUAGUUCUUAUUUCACUAGCUGUACAUUUCGCAGACUGUGACUUGACGUGCCUGGCUUGUCCAGACUCUCCUGUUGCCCGGGACUGUCAGUAUGUUGUACGAUGUGGUUCGCAUGAGUCCUGUUAUUUAGACAGUUACACAAAUCGAGCUGGUGGAGUUAUUAACGAAAUGGGGUGUAGGGACACUGCAAUGUGUCCAUCGGCCACAGGUAAAAGGUCAACAAAUGUAACAGCAGCGGAUAAAAGAUCCUCUGGAAACCUCCUGGUGUGCUCGGAUUGUUGCCAUGGUGACCUUUGCAACAGUGCACUUUGUGGACAACCAGGUUACCCGUCUGUAUCAGGGUCUCGCGGACCUCUGUGUUACAACUGUGACCAGCAGCUAAGCACCGAUUCGUGCAGCACUAUAAAGGAAUGUGGUAGGAAUGAGGUUUGCUCGUUGAAGUCUUCAAGCAGUUCUGUAGUUACCAACGAUAAAUUAUACACUACAGAGUGUCAAUCUAAACAUCUGUGUGAAGCAGACCUGCAGGCACAACGUCAUGCAAUCAGUAUUCUAGGGCGAAAACGGUACAGUGAUCAUGUGAUGUCGGCUUCAGGUCAUCUUUGCUUGGGAAAAUGUUGCGAUUCAGACCUGUGUAAUUCAAACUGUACGAGUUCAGGAUGUAAAAAUCCUUCAUAUACACCAAUCCACAGUGCCGGUGUAUGUUUGAAGAUUACAUUAUCCAAUUUGACCUAUUACGACGCGAGAACAUCGUGCAAACAAGACGGAGGAGACCUCGUCAUUGUCAAUUCAAAAGCUAAGUUUGAUGCAGUAUCAAAACUCACUGUUCACUUUGGUUACUCAAGAUUCUGGGUUGGUCUACACAGAGACGCACCAUUAUCCACAUACUUUAGCUGGGUGGAUGGUGCCAGGCUUACAAGUAGCAACGGUGGUCAGUUUUGGGGGCGGGAACAACCGAACAAUUCUAAUGGUAUCCAAGAUUGUGCGUUACUUGAAAAACUUAUAGAUGAUAGUCUCCUAAUGUAUGAUGUACGUUGCAAUAGGCACGAUUAUUAAAUAUGUGAAAUGAAGCUAUAAUAGUGCAUUUGCUUGUUAAUGUAAGUACCUUUAGAACAAGAUGUGCACCAAAAGAGACACGUGUGUUUUAUUCAUGAGGGGAAGCCUUUUGUUUAUUUGUCCAAAACUAGAUAUAGAGGUAAAUGCAUGAAAAUUGAUGUUUUUUUUAUUAUUAUUAUUUUUUUUUUGCAAUUUCCUCAUUUGACAAGUUUGAAUAUGAAAUAUUAAGUAUAGACCUGUCUAGAACAAUUAUAACGGACCAAGUACUUAUGGAGAUUUCCGAUUAUCCGGCCGUGUUCGAAUACCAGCUCGUACUGGAUGUCUCCUUGGACAAGAGAAAAAUCAGUCUCUUUUUAUAGAUUUAUUCAAUAUUGUUGAAUUACUCAUAAUUGCAAGUACGAUUAAGUAAUUAAACAAAUCCAUUUAUCAACUUCUUGAUAAAUUAAAGGAACAUAAAAGGAAAUGGGGAAAUCAACCAUAUGGCAACGUACGAGACUAGGAAUCGAGCAUGUGCACGACCUUCCCCGUUUAACUGUCGUAGUUAUAUCAUUGAUCGUUUUACAUUUGUAUCUUAUAUACUGAUAGGAUUGCUAGAAGUGAAGGAAACACU